UGAAAUUAUAGUUAUUUAAGAAAUUUUAAAUUAAAAGAGUGCACAUAUUUGUAUCCAGGCCACUGAGAAACAAGAAUAUAUUUAUUUUUAAUCACCCUGUUUUACGGUCCGCAAAGCUCUUUUUAAAUAGAAUAUCUGUUCGAAAGUAUUCAAAGUGUUCUCUUCGAAAGUUGCCGCAUCGAAAACAUACUGGCAAUUCUUCACAAUACAAGAUCAAGGUCUGUUUGUUUUUUCUGGGCUAUCUUUUGUAUUAUUCAGCCGAAAGAAAAUUUUACCUCUAAGAAUUUAAAAAUACUAUUCAAGUAAUAAAAUUGCGUAUGCGAAUGUGAAAAUGUACAUCCAUAAAAAUUAAAUGGUUAAUAUGAAACCAAUGAAAGGCAUAUGUAUAAUAAAAAAUUUGAGAAUGAGGUGAAAGUGCAUUAAGUAUAUUUUCUAUAAAAAUAUUAGUGCAAAUGAGACAGGAGUAAAUUACGCGAACGUUGUGUAUAAACACGGCAUCGAAACAAAAUUAGUGUGCUGCUGCUUUGUAAAAAAUUACAUGCACAUACAUACAUAUGUUUAUAUGUAUUUGAAACUUUCCUGAGAUAUACAAACAUAGCUAUGUAUAUAUUUUCAUGCACUCAAGCAAAUAUUUGUUUCUCUUACGAACUAUAUUCUCAAUUAAUGUUGUAAGUAAUAAAUUUGCUUCUGAAUAUUACUAAGCGUGUACAAUCACGAUCAUUCUACGCACGUGUCUAAAGAAAUUUUUGUUAAAGAAAACAAAAUUUGACUAAAAUGUUCUCAUAUUGGGGAAAUAGAACCAAAACCCAAGAAAAUGAAGACGCCAAUAUGAAUCAUAGCCAAAGCUACAAACAUAAUUUAGGUAAAAAUAAUAAUUAUAUUACUACGAAAUCCCUUAUUAAGGAAGCAAAUUGUGAACCACAGUCAACUUCUGCCCCACAGGCAGCAGUGCAAUUCGACGAAACGGAAAAGUCAGCAUGGCUCACAACUUUAAUUGACAAUGUUCAACCCCACUCACAGAUAGUUCACGGCGACAGCAACAAUAGCCAAAAUAGUUCUUCUUGUGGCAACACUAUGUCACCUAAAACUUUAUAUGAGUCAUCCCGAAAUAAUUCGACAGAGUUUCAGGACUUUUUACAGCGGAUACAAACUCUGAAAAUGUCUACCACAAAUGUUACUACUGAUUUGAAAAUAGGAGAUCAGUUACAACCUAAGCAUGCCCUUGGUUCAAAAGCAACUGAACAAAUACAACAAAGAGAGUAUAUAAGCAAAGUUGAUCCCUUGCUGGAAAUCGAAGUUGGUAUUGAACCUGCCGCCUUAAUGGAUUGCGAUGAAGGCAGCAAUGAAAUAGCACAAAUUGGUUCGCGAAUAGAACAAUCCUUGCAGCAAGGGCAACAAUCUUUUUCUCCAAACUCUUACUCAUCACAGAAUGUUAGUUCUAAUAACAACACAGCUGAAUCUGAUUGUAACAUUAGAGUAACUGUAGGCAUCGACAAAGACUUAGAAAUGAUAUUGGAAAUGGAUCCGAGCAUAGUAGACUUGGGUGAUAUUGCAGUCACGGAGCCGGUUGAGCCAAGGGUUGUUGGCUUACCGCCGUCAACAGGCGGUCCUACAUUCAAGACAACUGUUCCAAAAUCUCGGACACAACUCAAGCAGCAGUUGCAACGUGAACAGCAACAGCAAGAGUUGGAGCGACGCGAAGCAGAGAAAAGAGCCGCUGCAGCAGCUGAGGCUGCUGCUCUACAACAGCAAGUUGAGUCUUAUAUAACACAACAGAUUCCUAGCCCACACCAAAGCCAGCCGUUACAUUCAACAACAUCAAACACCCAACAUAUGAUGGGUCAUAGUAAUAAUACGGGCAUUGGUUAUAGGCCAGCAUCCAACAGUUUCGGAACGAAUUUCAACGAUGUGCAAAUGAAUCAACAAAACUAUAUAACCCACCCACCAUCAGUUACAUCAUCCGGUACUAGUUCUAGUCCAGUUAUGUUAAAAGGACCAUUGCAAAGUAUUGGCGUAGAUGUGCCAAAACAGGUUUUACAGGUGCGGACAGUAUUGGAAAAUCCUACACGUUAUCAUGUCAUACAAAAACAAAAAAAUCAAGUACGCCAGUAUCUAAGUGAGUCUUUCAAGAAUGAAUGGGAGAACAAAACUUCAUUGAACUCACCAAUCAUAUCGAAUGUAAGUCGCGAUCCAAAUCAGGCGAACAAUUAUUCGGGUUUCACAGAUAUCGGCGGAGGAGGAGAACUGAACGCCGCACAUUCACCUCAGUUGCGACUUACCCCCAGUGCUGCAACGUCAAUGCUAGAUGAUCCCAUGCAACUAUCGCCCUCUCCAUAUGGUGUAGAUGGUGGAGGUAGCAAUGCAGCAACUGGUGGUAGUUGCCCGUUCUUUCUUCCAAAUGACCAAAAUUCAGUCAAAAGUUUUGGAACCGACAGUGCUUAUAAAAACUCAGUUGGUGGCAAUUCCUCAAGUUUGACGGGCGGAAAAAGUUGUCUCCAAAGUGGUCGUUCAUCAGGGCCCACAAACUCACUAAGAACAGUAAAUUGCUCCAACGUAUCUACAGCCAGUCCGGUCCAAUCAGCACCAAUGUCACCGUUAAGUUCUGUGGCAACAAGUGCAUCCGAAGUGAGUACCAAUAUUGAUAUGUAUGUUUUUGUAAUCCUGUAUGUACAUACACCCAUAUGUGACGUUCUAUGUCAAACGGACCAAAGCUUUGCCCAAAUUUCUAUGGAAUAGAAAUUAACGUAAAGCAUGUCAAAAGGCUCGUAAAUUUAUAAUACAUCAAAUUAGACGUGGCAGAACUGAAAAUUCAGUAUUACGUAAAUGAUGUCCGUCAUGCCAGUUUGUUAAAAUAGUUGUCAGUUAUUUGGUCAAGACGGAUUCUAAUGUUUUGCAGGGUCGCUGAAUACGAAUGUACCAUCAAAGUUUCCAUAUUCAAAAUGGCGAUAUUCAAAAUGGUGGGGGGUAUCACGGUCGCUGAUUACGAAUCUGAAGUCGGAUUAGAAAAAUUCAAAAUGGCAGACCUAAUUUGGGGAACAAAAAAAUCCAAAUCGAUUGGAUUCGCUUAAAAAUUUAUAAUUGAGUUUUAUUAAGGCAGCUGAUUAUGUAAAUGAAAUCAGAUAUUAAAAAUCAAAAAUGGCGGUUCCAUAUUCGGUCUAAAAUUUUUCCCGGAAAUGUUACAA